CUUCUGGCCCGAAAGAUUUAUUUUGAAUUUGAUGUACCUGGCCAAUCUACCCAUGACGUGACCGAGAACUGUUCAUAAAGAAGGAUUGCAGAGAACCUCGAGCUCUUCAUCUUGUCCACUCCUACCAUGACCUCUGUCAUUGAUCCAAAGACUAUCGGAAAGCCCGCAAGGCCCAGGAGGCAUAUACGGACUCUGACAGGAUACACCCCGGAAACAGAUGAUUCAGGCAAAGAGAAAUGGCCAAGAGGUGACGAAAGCGUCUGGAAAGAGGCCUUGAGAUCUGUUAACACUGAUGUUCCCUCUAUCACCAAGUCCAUCGUCAAUCAUGUUCAGACCUCUCUGGCACGUCAAGCUUACAAUUUAGAUGAUCUUGGUGCCUACCAAGCGGCUGCACUUUCCGUGCGAGAUGAUCUUAUCCUCAACUGGAAUGACACGCAAAUUCACUAUACGCAAAAGACACCCAAGAGGGCGUAUUACCUUUCUCUUGAGUUCUUAAUGGGUCGAACUUUCGAUAAUGCCCUCCUGAACCUCGGUCUUAAGGAUCAGUACCGCGAAGGCAUCACAAAACUCGGGUUUAAUAUGGAGGAUCUGUUGGAGCAGGAACGAGAUGCCGCGCUCGGGAAUGGUGGCCUCGGACGCCUUGCUGCCUGUUACCUUGAUUCUUCAGCUUCUCAGGAGUUGCCCGUAUGGGGAUAUGGGCUGAGAUACCAGUAUGGAAUAUUCCAGCAGCUAAUUUCCCCGGAAGGUCAACAAUUAGAGCAACCCGAUCCGUGGUUGGCCGGAGGCGAAAAUCCUUGGGAGCUUCCCCGCCUCGACGUUACCUAUGAGGUGCGUUUCUACGGUACCGCAGAUCGUUUGCCAGGAGGGCGUGCUCUUUGGCACGGAGGGCAAGAAGUUCUUGCCGUCGCUUAUGACGUGAUGGUACCCGGUUGCUACACCAAAAACACCAACAAUUUGAGGCUUUGGGAAAGUAAACCGAAAAGAGGCUUUGACUUAAAUUCUUUCAAUGCUGGUGACUACGAACACGCUGUUGAAUCGUCCAACAGUGCAGCAGCGAUAACCUCUGUGUUGUACCCCAACGAUCACACGUACCUUCGUUUGAAGCAACAAUACUUCUGGACCGCUGCAAGCCUUGCGGACAUCGUUAGGAGGUUCAAAAACAUCGCAAAACCAUUCUCCGAGUUCCCCGAUUAUGUUGCUAUCCAACUGAAUGAUACUCACCCGACCCUAGCCAUUCCAGAACUCAUGCGUAUUCUCGUUGACGAGGAAGAGAUUCCUUGGGGCAAAGCUUGGGACAUUGUUACUAACACUGUGUUUUACACCAACCAUACCGUCCUUCCUGAAGCUUUGGAGAAAUGGCCAGUUCCUUUGAUGGAGCACCUCUUGCCGAGACACAUGCAAAUUAUCUACGAUAUCAAUUUGUAUAAGUUCCCAGGAGACAGAGAUAGACUAGCGAGGAUGUCCCUGAUUGAAGAGGGCUUCCCCAAACAGGUCCGAAUGGCACAUCUUGCUUGCAUUGGAAGCCGUAAAGUAAACGGUGUAGCAGAGCUGCACAGUGAACUCGUGAGGACGACCAUUUUGAAGGAUUUCGUGGAGUUUGAAGGCCUCAGCAAGUUUAGCAACGUUACCAAUGGAAUCACUCCCCGUCGUUGGUUGGACCAGUGCAACCCCGAGCUCAGUGCACUUAUCACCAAAACUUUGAAGGUUGAUAAAAGCGUGUGGCUCAAAGAUCUCGAGAGGCUGAAGGAACUGUUGCCAUACGCCGAAGAUGCAGCUUUCAGAAAAGAAUGGGCAGCAAUCAAGCAGCGCAACAAGGAGAGGUUGGCGCACCACGUCGAAACCACUUUGGGUUUGACGGUGAACACGAACGCGAUGUUUGAUGUUCAGAUCAAGCGUCUUCACGAGUACAAGAGACAAACCUUGAACAUCCUUGGUGUUAUACAUAGGUACUUGGGGCUGAAGCAAAUGUCGGCUGCAGAGCGCAAAAAAGUCAACCCUCGAGUUGUCUUUUUCGCCGGCAAAGCUGCACCUGGAUACUACAUCGCGAAAUUGACGAUCCGCCUUAUCGUCAAUGCUGCUAGGGUUAUCAACGCUGACCCUGACACCCGCGACCUACUCACCGUUUAUUUCCUCCCGGAUUACUCUGUUUCUUUGGCGGAGGUUCUCAUUCCCUCUUCGGACAUCUCACAACAUAUUAGCACUGCAGGAACUGAAGCAUCGGGUACGUCUAACAUGAAAUUCUGUUUGAAUGGAGGGCUGUUGGUGGGGACUGUUGAUGGUGCAAACAUCGAGAUUGCGGAGGCUGUCGGAGAGAACAACGUCUUUUUCUUUGGACACUUGACUCCUGCUGUCGAGGACCUUCGUUAUCAACAUAUGUAUCGCCCCGUUCCUGUCGAAGAGAAAUGCCCCGCUUUGGCAAACGUCUUGGACAAGAUAUCUAGUGGGAUGUUUGGAGAUGGUGAGGUGUAUGAACCUUUACUCAACACGAUCCGCCAAGGCGACUUUUAUCUCCUCACAGACGACUUUGACUCCUACAUCGGUGCUCUGGACAUGGUCGACAAAGCGUACCUCGACAAAGAAGAGUGGAUCAAGAAAUCGAUUAGGACAACUGCCAAUAUGGGCAAAUUUAGUUCGGACAGGGCGAUUCUUGAAUAUGCGGAGAGCUUUUGGAGUAUCGAACCUAUCAAGGUCCCGUAAUCGUAUCUCUGCGGAUUUACUUCCACCAAAAUGGGGAAAUAUUAGAUUAUGUACUAAAUGUAACAGCUCGAUUCCGUAGAAAAAACCAAGAGAAAUUUUCUCUGCGCUUCUCCGCGCU